UAUUUGGUGACCCCACGGCUGGCUCUGGCUGGCUAACUGGCUAGCUGUCCCCCACCACCGUUUUCCCCUUAUUCCCCUUCACACGCCGCACACUGUCAAGUCACUGUCGCUCUGUAGGUCGUUCUGGGUUGGUUCCAUAUGCGUACCGGUGAUCGGUGGUGUGCUUGACGUCUACGAUAUAUUCACUCGGUGGCUUUACGAAAUGUAUACAAUGCAAUGCUGCAUGCGCAGUGCGCACACACUCCAAAAAGACUGAGAAAAAGAGGAGCGCAAAGACAAAUGUUUCACUUGAUUCACCUCAAGCACCAGCAGUGAUUGGAGGUUAUACAGAUUGCUCAUCUCCAUCUCCACAAUGGAUAACAACAACAACAACCCUGUAAUCUAUGGCUUGGAGUUUCAGGCACGUGCUUUAUCAGCGCAGAGUGCCGAAACUGAUAUAGUCAGGUUUCUCGUUGGAACUCAAUCGUUAAAGUUGGCAAAUAAUCAAGUACACUUGGUGGAAUUGAACGAUGAAACUAAUACACUAAGAACCCAAGUUUAUCAUCAUACAGUUGGAGAAAUAUGGUCUCUGGAAGCAUCAACAACAGAUCCGGAUAAAUUAAUUACCUCAUACAAUACUUUAAAUGAGGAGGGUAUGUGUGUAAUGAAAGGUGCCUUGUGGAGACUUCCAGAUCUCAACCAAGAGGACGCAACCAUUCUAAAUCAUGCUGAAAAUAAUUUACAAAAACUAGCGGAUAUCGAUACAACUCCAUAUGGAAAUGAUUUGAAGACAAUUAUUUAUCAUCCAAUAGAUGGUGCAAAAGCAGUGGCAGUGGUUGAUAACAAAUUUGUUCUUUUGACUUUUGAUGAAGCCAUUCCUCAGGUUUCGACAGUAGGUACAUUGACAAGUAAAGGACAGCCUCGAUUCACAACGGGUAAAUGGAAUCCUCACAAUGGCUGCAAUCAAUUUGUCACACUCAAUGAUAAUAAUAUUAGGGGAUGGGAUUUAAGAAGUCCAUCAGAGGAAGCUUGGACAAUUCUUUCAGCUCAUUCUCAAAUAAUAAGAGAUCUGGAUUUCAAUAUAAAUAAACAAUACAUAUUAGCAACUUGCGGAGAUGAUGGAUAUAUGAAAUUUUGGGACAUAAGAUCUCCUAGUGCACCAUUAGCAUGCCGAAUGGAGCACUCUCAUUGGGUCUGGAAAAUUCGAAUUAAUCGUUUUCAUGAUCAACUUGUGUUAACAUCAAGCAGUGAUUCCCGAGUCAUUCUUUCCAGCAUUCCUUCAGUAUCGUCAGAGCCAUAUGGUGAAACCAUCUCAAUAGAAAAUUCAAUGAAUGAUAAAAAAAUAAUGGACGAUGGAGUGAUUGGUAAAUACGAAGAACAUGAGGACAGUGUAUAUGCUGUUGAAUGGUCAUCAGCUGAUCCCUGGACUUUUGCAUCACUCAGUUACGAUGGACGGCUGGUUAUUAACAAAGUACCGCGUAAAUACAAGUAUAAAAUUCUUUUAUAAAUCUAAUUAAAUAAAUCAUACUAGAAAUUA